ACAAGUCGCAUACCGGGCUGGGAGACUUUAUAAACUGAGCCAGGACACCAAGAAGGGUCACUCAGAGCUGAGUCUCCCUAGCACACCCCUCAGCAAUCUACAGCGAACAGAAAGCAGCACCAUGCCUCACGAAUACCCUGCACUGACCCCCGAGCAGAAGAAGGAGCUCAAUGAAAUCGCAAAGCGUAUUGUUGCCCCUGGGAAGGGUAUCCUCGCAGCCGAUGAGUCCACAGGAAGUAUCGCCAAGCGUCUGAGUUCUAUUGGAGUGGAAAACACCGAGGAGAACCGCCGUUUCUACCGCCAGCUUCUCUUCACAGCUGACCAGAGGGUAAAUCCCUGCAUUGGGGGUGUCAUCACUUUCCACGAGACCCUCUACCACAAAGCCGAUGAUGGCACACCAUUCACCAAGGUCAUCAAGGACAAAGGUGCUGUUGUGGGCAUCAAGGUUGAUAAAGGUGUUGUCCCCCUGGCCGGAACAAAUGGAGAAACUACAACACAAGGGUUGGACGGUUUGUCAGAGCGUUGCGCCCAAUACAAGAAGGAUGGCGCUGACUUCGCCAAGUGGCGUUCUGUGCUGAAGAUCUCUGACCACACUCCCUCGCAUCUAGCCAUCUUGGAGAAUGCCAAUGUCUUGGCACGCUAUGCCAGCAUUUGCCAACAGAAUGGAAUUGUACCCAUUGUGGAGCCAGAGGUCCUUCCUGAUGGAGAACAUGACCUUAAGAGAUGCCAGUAUGUGACUGAGAAGGUCCUGGCUGCUGUGUACAAGGCUCUAAGCGACCACCACGUGUACUUGGAAGGAACCCUUCUGAAACCCAACAUGGUGACCCCUGGUCAUGCCUGCACCAAGAAAUACAAACCUGAAGAAGUUGCCAUGGCCACAGUCACUGCUCUGAGGCGCACUGUGCCCCCAGCUGUUGCUGGUAUCACUUUCCUGUCCGGAGGUCAGAGUGAGGAGGAAGCCACCAUUCAUCUGAAUGCCAUCAACACUUGCCCCCUGCUUAAGCCCUGGCCACUGACCUUCUCCUAUGGCCGUGCCCUUCAGGCUUCCGCACUUAAAACCUGGGGUGGCAAGAAGGAAAACGUCAAGAACGCCCAGGAGGAGUACACCAAGCGUGCACUGGCAAACAGCCUGGCCUGCCAAGGAAAAUACGUGCCCUCCGGCCAAGCAGGAGCCGCAGCAGGCGAAUCCCUGUUUGUGUCCAACCACGCUUAUUAAUCUGUGUCCCUUCAUACCAUAGUUUGUCACCGUGAUGGCUGCUUCCGUUUAAUGUAGUGUGUGAGGUCCCUCUGCAGAACAAUAAGCCAUUUCCUGCUAACCCUGAAGAGCGUUACUCCGUUAGCUUUCCCCUUGCUGGAGAGAGACCAUGCAGAGCAUUGCUCUGAGUAUUCUGGAUGGACCUGCAGAGUGUUAUGAGUUGCGAGUGCGAUGGGUCAGCUUGUGAGUGUGAGUGUGUGCUCACGUUCCUGUGCUUUACUCCACCUUCUCUACCCUUUUCUCAGCUCUGAGUCACCUUUAUUUGUGUCACUGCUGGUUAAAUCUCAAUAAAGCAGAAAACUUCAUGACAAAA